CUUAGACGGAGACCACGUUCUUGGUUCUCCUUUGAGGUUGAGAGCUGGCGUGGAAUUGGGCCUUGAUGUCAUCAUGAAAUUUUUGAAUGAUAGAGAGAGCAUUGGCGAACUGGGUGAAUUGGUCUUCUUCAGCCUCCAACACUAUUUUCUUGUUCUUUUGCUCGAUAAUCUAGAAGGGGAUUGUUAAUAGAAUGGAAUACUCGAUAUUUUAAUAGGGAUGGUUCGUUGGUGGUUUUCAUAUAAAAUUAAUUAAAUCUAGAUUUUUUGGGAUUUCGCCCCCUUCUUGAAGUGGGUAUUUCCACUGGAAUGAC